AUGACAGUGACCUGUGCAAAUGGAUGUGAGAUGCAAGUAAGAAACUGUGACUGGAAGCCACAGGAGUGCACAGAAUGUGAAGGGAGGCACGCGCCCGCUAUCUCCCAGCCCAUGCAUUUCAAGAAACAAGAUGACACCAUGGACAGCAUCAUGAACUCUUGCACGGCUAUGUUGUUACAAGCAUGUGAAUCACCACUGAUCACACUGAGAGCUGGAAAUAAAAAUGUACAAAACUCAACAUCUGUGCCAGAAUUCCAUUUUAUUCAACUCUCAGAAGUUCCAGACCUACAGCCUGUUCUCUUCGGCCUCUUCUUGUUCAUGUACCUCUUGGCCCUGUUUGGAAACCUGAUCAUCAUCCUGACAGUAAGCUCUGACUCCCAUCUCCACACACCCAUGUACUUCUUCCUCUCCAACCUGUCCAUAGUUGAUAUUGGUUUCAUCUCCACCACUGUUCCAAGGUUGAUUGUGGACAUCCAAACUCACUUCCAAGUCAUCUCCUAUGUGGGCUGCCUGACACAGAUGUCACUGAUUAUAAUUUUUGCCUGUAUGGAUGAUAUGCUUCUGACUGUGAUGGCAUAUGAUCGGUUUGUGGCCAUCUGCCACCCUCUGCAUUACCAGGUCAUUAUGAAUCCCAAUCGCUGUGGUGCUUUACUUCUAGGGUCUUUUCUUCUUAGCCUUGCAGAAUUGCUGUUGCACUAUGUGGCAAUAUUAAAUUUUUCUAACUGUGAGGAUUUUAGUGAAAUCUCCAACUUCUUCUGUGAUCCUUCUGAAGUACUUAAACUUGUUCAUUUAAAUCCUGUCAUCAAUACCAUAUUCAUAUUCAGUAUAGGCACUCUCUUUGGGUUACUUCCUAUGUCAGGAAUCCUUUUCUCUUACUUUAAAAUAGUUUCCUCUAUCAUACGAACACCAUCAUCAAGUGGAAAGCACAAAGCCUUCUCUACCUGUGGGUCUCAUUUGUCCAUUGUUUGCCUGUUUUAUGGAACAGGAGUAGGAUUGUACCUCAGCUCCUUUCUGUCACAUUCUCCAAGAAAUAAUGCACUAGUCUCAGUAAUGUACACUGUGGUCACACCUAUGUUGAAUCCCUUUAUCUACAGCCUGAGGAACAAGGACAUUAAAACUUCUUUGAGAAAGAUUCUUAGCAGAACAUUCUAA